GGAAGCAACAGGCGAACGAAGAAUUUUGUCGUGCUUUCACAAAGGGCCCAAAGCCCAAGAGCGGUGAGGCCGUCCCCACUCCGCCGCAACAGUCUCGCGUCCAAUGCCACUUCGUUAACCUCGUGCCAUUAUCCUCUCGUUCACCACACCCACCAUGGCGACAACUCCACAACUCUACCUAAAAAAAAAAAAAACUCCACAACUCGCCCCAAAUCCGGAGUGCCCCUCCCUCGCAUCCGACGAUGCCCGCGAAGGAGUUCCGCCUGGCUGGGAAGCGACGGCCGCCCACGGAGCUCGAUCUGGACUCUGCGGGAUGUCGGCUUGGCUGCCAACGAGCUCGAUCUGGCCACACAAGAGCUCGCCGCGCCAUGGGGUUUGACCACCGAUUGAGCCAUCUGAGUUCGUCGGCGGCGCUGUGUAGACGACGCCCGCGGGCAGAGGAGGAUCUGAAGGAUAUGCGCCUGGCGGGGACAUCGCUCGCGCCUAGCAGCUGCUUGUGUCGUGUCGCGUUAUCACGCGGUUCCGGGAGUUGGUGUUGACCCGGAACGCCAAGUCCUGCACUUGCCAGUCGUCGUCGGCGUCACGCGGGUCCGGCUAUCAAAUCAGUGUUGAUUUGGAUGUCCCGGCCCUGCAGUCACUUUUCAUGCUUUUGUCCCCUUUGAGACUCGCGGAGCUUGACCAAAGAGCGCCCGUGCAUCCACAAAGUAGCAGCAUGGAGGGGCGGCUUGCUACCGUGCCGGAGUUGAGCAUCGCCGGCUUCACGGCUCCCUGCCCGCCGCGACACGUCUACCGUGAUUUGAUCCGGAGCGUCGUCGUGUCCGGACGGCGCAAUAGACAGACUCUUUCGUCGUCGUCGCAGUCUGCUCAUACCGGAUCCAGCUACUCCAGCGACUCUGGUGCUUUGGAUUCUUGCCCGCCCAACAACUCCGGCUGCUUCUCCAGUUCAGCGUCGGCCAGCGCGGCGGACUUCUUCGAUGCCUACGAGCUCAGGAAGAUCGCUCACCAAAUGGCCAUCGAUGGUUACACCCAGCGCAUUGUCCAAGCAUUCGACAAAGCAUCUCCUGUGCCAGCAUCCGGAUACCGUGGCGGCCCGGACCGUGCUCUGGAGAAUUGGUUCUUCGAGCUUGACGUGGACUGGAUUGUCCAGUUCCACAGCGUGCAUGGCUUCCAGCUCCACCUCCAAGACAAGUCGGCGUUGUGGCUUCAAGACUUGAUCGAGGGGUGGGUCAGGGCUCUCAGCAUAAUUGUCUUCAGCAUGACAGAGGUGGUCUUUGCCACCUAUGAGAUGAUAGCGGUCGCACGGUUUGGCAAAGCAAUCAUCGCCAAGAUGCUCGUCUUCGUCGACGUCUUCCUCGCUGCUCUCAGGGCAGAGAAUCUACAGGCCAUGCUAGACAUGUUUAUCUGCAUCUCCCGUUCAUCCUACAUGUUUAAGCUGUUACGGUUCCCCGCCCCUUCGGAAGCCGAAUGGAUAUUCAGGGAGACAAGCGACUUGUUGUGGAGCCAAGUGAACAGGCUAAACGAGGCGAUAUCCAGCAAGAUGGAGGAGAUGAGGACGCUCAUGGAGCACGACAAUGACGACUGGUGGGCUAAACAAAUCAAGCGAGGAGGAGGCGAAGUUCACAGGCACACCCGGUUGAUGGUGGAUUGCAUCGUCUCCAUGAAGAAUGCGCGGUCUUCCAUUGAAAACUAUGCACCGAUCGACAAACAGCCCGUAACCCUUGGUCUCCUGUUAAGCAACACGAUCAGCUAUCUGAAGGAUCUGCUCUCAAGAAAAUCGGAGCUGUGCUCGGAUCCAAGCCUCAAGUACCUGUUCCUGCUCAACAAUUUCCAUUUCAUGGCGCAGGUUUGUGAGCCAUCAAACCACUGGGAGCUCGUUCUUACACCUGAAUGUGAGAAGUACAUGGAUAGCUAUCUUGAUGCUUCAUGGGGGCAUGUGCUGUCCUGCAUUCCGAAAUCGAAUUGUCCUGGACUGCUCCGUCUUUGGUCGAACACCCCUCCACUGGCUAGAUUCGAUUCGGUGUUUCGUAAGACAUAACGGGCUCAGAAGUUCUGGAAGGUUCCAGACCCUCGGCUCAGAGACUGGCUGCGAAAAACUAUCACUGAAAGAGUUAUUUCUGGUUACCGCAACUAUCUGAAGGAGCAUACUGACUCAGAGAAACAGGUUAGCGGUGGAAGCAAUAGUCCCGACGUUUUGGCAGAGAUGUUGAGAGAGAUAUUUGAAGGAUGAGAACUGCUAUGUUUGCUAUUAUCUAACUGUAGAACUUGUAGGUGGGAAUCCAUUUGUGGUUUUUGUGCAAUUGUAAGAGUUUGAAUACAGGUUGGUGCGUACCAUUAUAUAAUCUGAACCAUCCUAAAUAAGGAUUCUGGAUACAUACUUUGGAACUUUGGUCC